UGGAGAUCCGCGUCCGACAGAGACAUCCGCGUGAAUUGUUCCCCUCCUGGUCUGUUGGAUGGAGAAAGGACUUUUACAACUUUUGAAGAGAACAUUUAAAGAGUAGCUACUUGUGUGUCUGGCACUCUAAAGUUCUGGAACCUCUGCCCAAGCCGACUGUUUCAGAGGUCUAAUCUUCUCCUGGACCGGUAACCAGACGUUUUGAAUCUGAGUGAGUCUGAGCAACUCACAAAAAUAAGGUAAAAAGACAUGGCCUCCCGUGCUCCCCUCUUCCUUUUGGUCAUUUGCUUCUGUUGCUGUUCAGGACAUGCAAAAUCCUUCGUCGAGGUGGUAUGUGAUAAAACAAUAACUGGUCGGGUCGCCCAUCAGUCUAUGCUGACCUGCAAGGUUGAAACCACGCAAGAAAUACCCGAUUUAACAAUCACUGUGGUUGUCUGGAAAAAGCAAGGAGAUGAUGAUCCGUUCCUGUCAGCUCUUGAUAGGAGACCUGGCAAAAAAAAUAAAUUCCCCCCCGGCUACAAGGUUACCUUGAACGACAGGACCGUAUCUUUGGUCAUCACCGACCCUAAAGUGAAAGACGAGGGAGUCUAUAGCUGCCUGGUGAUGACAGACAGUGGUAACGCCGAAACGACAACACACUUCAAAGUGACAGCCAAAUAUGAAGCCCCAUCUGUGUACAGCAUCGAUGAGCAAGUCGUUCCAAAUGCUCACAAGUCUCUGAUUUGUAAGGCUACUGGUGGCUACCCAGAAGGCAAACUGCGCUGGUUUGAUGAAAACAAAACGGAGUGGACAAAAAGCGCAGAGCCACCAAUAGUGAACCAAACAGAGGAUGGUCUGUUUGAAAUCUCCAGCAAGCUGCCUUUGAUGAAAUUAUCCACCUCUGAUGAGUACACCUGCGUGGUCUACAAUGCCAGCGAUGGCAAAGAGGGCUCAGCUACGAUAAGAACAGACGAUCCAGAUCCUGAUGCUUCCACUCAAAAUUCUUCGAAGACAUCACUUUCAGCAAUAAUUGCUCCAGUCUUGGUCGUCGGGUCGCUGAUUGUGGGGUUGCUGUUGGCACUGUUAAUCUGCAGAAGACGUUCCCAACAAAAAAACCGGAGGCCCUCAACCGCUCCUCUUAUGGGGACACAUAACAUGGUUCCCAACACAGAUGAAGUAAUCGAUCCACCUCCUCCUUACUGUGAAGAAUUCAAAGACAACAUGGCCUAAGGAAACCCAACGAGCUGCAUUUAUGUAUUCACUUUCUACAAACCUCCAAAAUUAGCAUUUUCUUCUUUGCUAACCUCCACCUUCAUGAUACAACUUUCUUUACAAUGUAAAACUGUGCAUAGUCAGGGAUAACUUGUACUGUGAUUCACUAGUAAAUUCACAAUUAAUCUGAACAUACCAGAAAUAUUGUUAAAGAGAGAUUAAAUCAAGUCUGAAAACAGGAUGGGCCAGUUGAGUGGAGAAGAAGCUGAAAGGAAGGGGGUACACAUUUAGGCCCAGACAUGUGAAAACAACACAAAACGGGAUACUGUAUUGUAGUUAUUACAGGAGGUCUCGGUCCAAGCAGAGAUGUGGCAGCUGUUCAGGGAAAUAUGAGAAGACAGACACGUCUGAGUUUAGCCCACAUUCAAUAGCCUUUGGCAGCUCAGCAGUUUCAUCUUUUUUGUGAUAUUAUGUAAGAGCUAUGAGGAAAGCACUGAAUCAGGUCAGAGGGCAGUUGUGAGUAUAACUACUCACAACUAUGUAUGUGCAUUGUACACUCACAAUGCUCUGCACAUACAGACAGAUUAUGCGUGUGUGUGUGUGUGUGUUUAGAUGAGCAGUCCUUUCAAUUUUGUCAUUUUAUUUCUCUUAAAGAUGGAAAACUUUGAAAUAAGUUUUUAAUUUUUUUUAAGAAUGCAUCUCUAUAGCCAACUGUCCAGCAAAGUUUUCUCUGACGGGAGGUAGUACUUCAUUCAGAAACAUUAGUCGUGCACUACUAGACAAAAACUGGGUUUGUAACCUGUAAACCAAAGAUAAUUUCUCUUCUGUGAAAUGAAUUGUGUCUGCAGCUGCUGCUUCAUGUGAACUAUUAAACUGUGCCAACACUCUUUCCUGUUCCUUAGAAAAAAUGUGUACUAUUUCUUUGAAAAUGACUGAUGUGCUUGUUAAAGUUUUGUGGAGUAAAUCACUAUUAAAUCAAAGUAAAGUCCAUGUCAGUCUUUGGUGAAAGCUUGGCUUUUGUUUGUGUGAUGUUGUAUUUAGUACCAGAUUUCAUAUCCUUUUUCUUUCUCCCGAAAAGAUAUCACAUGAUGGCCCAUUAUCUUUGUAGAAAAAAACAAAAAGCUCUUCCUCCCUAAAGCCAAAAGGAUUGUCUUUUGUGCAUUAAUGUGAAACUGCACUUAUGUAACCUUUAAUUUGAUAUCUUUUCUCCAUCAUUGGUCUGGUUUCAUUCUUUUUGCUACAUUCUACAAAGAGGAUACAGAACCAGUGUUGACUUAUUGUACAGAUGUUUUUAUAGUCAAAGGCAGGAUGCAGGAGGUUUGCAGGUCUACUUAUGAAAACAGCCCUAGCAGAGGGCUAGGGCUGUUUUACUGAUAAACUGCAGGUUUAUCAGUAAUUUUAAACAGUAAUGAUUAACACUGUAAUGAAAACUACAAUAAAAACAAUAAAGGUUUCAGGUUUUUAUUUAGUUUGGGGUUUUUUUGGCUGGUUUUUCAUGUGGGUUGAUUUUAUAUUGUGUUUUCAUGACUUUAUCCUGUUUAUACACCGGGUCAAUAAUCACAAAGCUCUAACCAUUAUUUCAUCACAUGAUUUAAUAUCUACUGUAAAAAUGUUUUGAGUGUGAUUAAGGUAAAAUUAAAACUUUUGUUGAUGAAAAUGCAUAUAUUUUUUAUUUUUAUAUUGUGCUUUGAUGAUUUUAGGAAGUUUUAUGCAGUUCUCUUUGUAUUCAGUUCAUUGAGUACUAGCAGGAUGUGCUAAAAGUCCCAUCUAACUAUUAUGCUGACAAAGAGCUCUUCAUGUGUCCUUCUGUUUUUUCUUUAAACAUGUUUUGGUCUGUUUGUGUUAUUUUUAAUUAAAGUAUGUUCCUGGGUUUUCCCAGUGUUCACCAGGGACUCAGAGUUGCCAUCUAUCUUAUCCUGUAAUCAGAAUGAUCCUUUUGGUUUCUCUUCUUUCUUUACUUUCUCUUUCACAGAAAGGGUCUUCAUGUGGGUCCCAUGCUUGUACAGCUCUCACUGCUUUUUAUGUGCAAUGCUUUAUUUGC